UGAUCCCAAAGCCAAUAGCAUUUUUCUUUCAAUUUCCCCCUGCCUCUAAAGAACUUUAAGCCUUUUGACCAAACACUGAAGAGCGGUCUCCAAAAAGUUGUUUUCCUUCUCUAAAGGACUUAAUUUCUGAUGUGACAUUCACUUAUAUAUGAAAGUGCUGGACGUGAAUUUUGUAUUUCUCAGGGAGAAAGGGCAGCUACAUAAUUCCCAAUGGAGAACAACACAGAGGUGACUGAAUUCAUUCUUGUGGGGUUAACUGAUGAUCCAGAACUGCAGAUCCUACUCUUCAUAGUCUUCCUUUUCGUCUACCUCAUCACUCUGGUUGGGAACCUGGCGAUGAUUGAAUUGAUUCUAUUGGACUCCUGUCUCCACACCCCCAUGUACUUCUUCCUCAGUAACCUCUCCCUGGUGGACUUUGGUUAUUCCUCAGCUGUCACUCCCAAGGUGAUGGUGGGGUUCCUCACAGGAGACAAAUUCAUAUUAUACAAUGAUUGUGCCACACGAUUCUUCUUCUUUGUAGCCUUUAUCACUGCAGAAAGUUUCCUCCUGGCAGCAAUGGCCUAUGACUGCUAUGCAGCAGUGUGCAAACCCCUGCAUUACACCACCACCAUGACAACAAAUGUAUGUGCUUGCCUGGCCAUAGGCUCCUAUGUCUGUGGUUUCCUGAAUGCAUCCAUUCAUACUGGGAACACUUUCAGGCUCUCCUUCUGUAGAUCCAAUGUAGUUGAACACUUUUUCUGUGAUGCUCCUCCUCUCUUGGCUCUCUCAUGUUCAGACAACUACAUCAGUGAGAUGGUUAUUUUUUUUGUGGUGGGAUUCAAUGACCUCUUUUCUAUCCUGGUAAUCUUGAUCUCCUACUUAUUUAUAUUUAUCACCAUCCUGAAGAUGCGCUCAUCUGGACGCCAGAAGGCCUUUUCCACUUGUACUUCCCACCUUACUGCAGUUUCCAUCUUUUAUGGGACAGGCAUCUUUAUGUACUUACGACCUAGCUCCAGCCAUUUCAUGGGCACUGACAAAAUGGCAUCUGUGUUCUAUGCCAUAGUCAUUCCCAUGUUGAAUCCACUGAUCUACAGCCUGAGAAACAAAGAGGUUAAGAGUGCCUUUAAAAAGACUGUAGGGAAGGCAAGGGCCUCAAUAGGAUUCAUAUUUUAAUUACAAAGAAUUCAGAAUAAGAUAAUUUUUUCCACCUCAUAUUAAUCUUUGUCUACUAAGUCCAAUAUUUGGGCUUCCUCAUGGACAGUUUCUAUUGACUGUUUUCUUAAACAUAUGAAUUGGCCAUACUUUCUUCAUUCUUUAAGUGACACUUUUUUUGUUAAAAUCUGGACAUUUUAAAUAAUAAAAAAUAGCAUAUUCUAAAAAUCA